CCCCGCCGCUCCCGGCCCCGGCAGCCAGGCCGCGGCUCCCUCCCUCCCGCCCUGCGGGCCGCGCUCGCUCUGCUCCGCCCGGCAGCGGGGCCGGCCCGUGGCGAGGCGGCGCCGGGACUCUGCCCAGCCCGCAGCGGGAGCGGGGCUCGGCCGGGCCGGGCCCGCGGGAGCAGCCCCGCCCGGGGGCGCCAUGGCCGAGCGGGCCGCUGCCCAGGCUCCGCAAUGGGAUGUCACAGCCGAGCAGCCAGCCUUUAACCCCCCGACUGCCCCUGAGCAUACUUCUGAGGCAGGAAUGCAGCUGCCGCUGGAACAGACUGCCAUGUGGCCAGAGGUAACUGUGGAGACGACCGUGGAGUCGCAUGCCACGCGACUGUUGACGCUAGAGGGAAGAAUGGGGAUGGCGGAGAACAAACUAGUUGGCUGCGAGAGGACAGUGGUGGAGUUUGGGAACCAGCUGGAGAGUAAGUGGGCCGUGCUGGGAACUCUGAUCCAGGAGUAUGGGCUGCUGCAGAGGAGGCUGGAGAACAUGGAGAACCUGCUGAAGAAAAAAGAUGUCUGGAUCCUAAAACUUCCCCCAGGCACCCAGGGAGAAGUCCCCAAGGUCCCUGUGAAGUUCGAUGAGGUCUCGGGCUGUUUCUCCGGGCAGGAGUGGGGGGUUUUAGAGCAACGGCGGGAGGAGCUUCACAAGAACACAAUGAGGAACAACUAUGAGACGUUGAUCUCACUGGACAAUGCUGCUUCCAGGCCUGAUGCUCAGGCCCGGAUUGAACCCGGGGUAGAGCCUCGUGUCCAGGAACAGCAGGAAUGUCAAAAAAGAGAAACCCCGCCGGAUCCCAGCACAGGAUCUCCCAUUUCUACUCCCAGCGAUAGCUCAUGGAUUAAACAAGAGGAAACACCGUGUGCUGAGAGUCAGGGGGGCUUGGUGGAGAGAGAAAUCCCUACAGAUCCCAUCAAGGCAGAUGAGUGGUGUCUUGAGGACAGUGCUGCCAUCCCGGAACUUCCCAGGGGGGCGCAAGGAAGCUCAGAGGAGGAUUUCCAGACACCUGCUGAGAGAUGGAGCCAUGGCAAUCAGUGCAGCUCACUGACACAGCAGGGAAACCCUGCAGAAAGCAGCCUGGGCCAGCUCACUCCGUGUGGAGGAGACUUCAGCGGCCUUGCACCAGCCACUGAUCAGGAGGAAAGUCACCCAGGAGAGGGACCGUAUAUAUGCAAUGAAUGUGGGGAAAGCUUUGUCUGUAAGCAGUUGUUCGCAGCGCACCAGGGAGUCCACACACCAGGGGAAGUCUCCAUUUCUCCAGCAUGUGGAGAAGGCCUCACUCAGAAAUCCCAUCUCCUACAUCCCCAGAGAAGCCAGGUCCUGGCAGGUGCAAAGCCCUACAAAUGCUCUGAGGGCGAGAUAAACUUUAGCCUCAAAUCCAGCCUUCUCAAGCACCAGGUCAGUCACAUGGGGUACACCUGCGCUAAGUGCAGGAAGAGCUUCAGGCUGAAGAUAAGCCUCCUCGUCCACCAGCGACUCCACGCAGGGAAGGGUGAGGGCUCGCUGCUCUGUACGGACUGCGGGAAGAACUUCACCCACCCCUCGCAGCUGGUCCGGCACCAGCGGAUCCACACGGGGGAGCGGCCCUACCAGUGCACCGACUGCGAGAAGAGCUUCACGGAGAAGUCCAAGCUCACCAACCACUACCGCACGCACACCGGGGAGCGGCCCUACGCCUGCGCCCAGUGCGGCAAGCGCUUCAUCCGCAAGCACCACCUGCUGAAACACCAGCGCGUGCACACGGGCGAGCGGCCCUUCCAGUGCCCCGAGUGCGAGAAGAGCUUCACCCAGAAGUACUACCUGGUCGAUCACCGGCGGCUGCACACGGGCGAGCGCCCCUUCCAGUGCCCCACCUGCCAGAAGAGCUUCACCGAGAAGUCCAAGCUCACCAGCCACUUCCGCAUCCACACGGGAGAGCGGCCCUACCACUGCGGGGAGUGCGGGAAGCGCUUCACAGAGAAAUCCCAGCUCACCAACCACUUCCGCAUCCACACCGGGGAGCGGCCCUACGCCUGCGCCCAGUGCGACAAGUGCUUCAUCCGCAAGCACCACCUGCUGAAACACCAGCGCGUGCACACGGGCGAGAGACUCCACCGCUGCCCCCAGUGCGAGAAGAGCUUCCGCUACAAACAGUCGCUGAACUGCCACCUGAAAAUCCACCUGGGGGACCACUGCCCCGUGGGCAGCGCCCUGGCCCCCGAGCAGCACACCCCGGCUAGACCUCGUUGCUUAUGGGGGCGCUGCUGGCGCUCGGGCCCCGCGGCCGGCGAGCCGGACUCCCAGCAUGCACUGCUCCCCCAGCAUGGCCGCCGUGCCCAGCCCCUAUUGAGGAGGUGCUGGGACGCUGCCCAGCCCAGAGCCGUCGCUGCGCUCGGCCCCGCUCCCCGGCAGGCUCCGGCUCGACGCUCCCAACCCAGGGCCAUGGCUGAGUGGGCGCCCGAGCAGGCUCUUGAAUGGGACAUGGAGUCCCAGGACCUGUCACUUGAACAGCCUCUUGCUGUCCCCGAAACAACUUCUAUGGAAGAAACAGAUCUUCAGACGGCAGAGAUUUCCCUUACCGUCGUGGCUGAAAUCCAAGCUGUGGACAGGAAGGUUGAGGUUCAGGCAGCACAACUGAUGAAUCUGGAGGGAAGAAUGAGGAUGGCAGAAACAAAACUAGUCGGUUGUGAGAAGACAGCAGUGGAGUUCGGGAAUCAGCUGGAGAGUAAGUGGACUGCGCUGGGAACUCUGAUCCAGGAGUAUGGGCAACUGCAGAGGAGGCUGGAGAACAUGGAGAACCUGCUGAAGAACAGGAACUUCUGGAUCCUGAGACUACCCCCUGGUGCUAAUGGAGAAGUCCCCAAGGUCCCAGUGACUUUCAACAACAACUCGUUUAAUUUCUCUGAGCAGGAGUGGAAGAGCUUGGACGAAUGGCAGAAGGAGCUUUACAGGCACAUCAUGAAGGGCAACUACGAGGCUGUGAUCUCGCUGGAUGCUGCCAUUUCCAAACCCGAUCUUCUGUCCCGGAUUGAACGAGGGGAGGAACCCAGUGUGGGAGAUCAGAGUGACUCUGAGGAAAGACAAAUCCCUGCAGAUCCCGGCCUGGGAUCUCCCGUUUCUACUCCCAGUGAGAGUUUGUGGACUAAAUAUGAGGAGCCGCCUGUCACGAAUCAGGGAGUCUCUGAAGAGGGAGGGAUCCCUACGGACCUUGGCACAUACGAGCAGCAGUGUGGUGAGGAAGGUCCUGCAAACCUAGAUCUUCCUAGCCUGUUACCAGGAGACUGGGAAGAGCUUUUCUGCAGUCCUGAGGAGGAACUGACGAAGGAGAGCCAGUCCAGCUCAGCGAUGCUGCAGAGGAGCCCUCCUGGGACUGGGCUGAGGCGAUCUGCUCGCCGUGGAAGAGAUUUAAUGAAAAAUGUCUCUGAGGAAGCACACGCAGCAGAGGGGCCGUACAUAUGCUGCGAGUGUGGGGAAAGCUUCCUAGACAAACAGCUUUUUGCCACACAUCAGAGAAUCCAUGCAUCAGGGGGAGCCUGCACUUCUCUGGAGCAUGGAGAAAACAUUAGACAGAAACCCAAAAUCACAACUCCUCCAAAAACCCAGGCACCCGUCCGUUCAAAACCCCCUAAGCGCCCUGAGCCAGAGAAAAGCUCCAAUCUCAAAUACGGCUUUGUAAAACACCAGGCAAACCACAUGGUGGAGAGGCCCUAUACGUGCACUCAGUGCAGGGAGAGCUUUAGUCUGGAGGUGAGUCUUAUCUUACACCAGAAGCUUCACACGGGGAAGGGCGAUGGGCCCCUGACGUGUACAUAUUGCGGCAAGGACUUCCGGGACCUCUCCAAAGCGAUCCGACAUCAGCGGAUCCACACGGGAGAGCGACCAUAUCAGUGCACGGAGUGUGGGAAAAGCUUCAUCCGCAGGGAUCAUCUCCUGAAGCACUGGCGGGUCCACACGGGGGAGACGCCGUACCAGUGCCCCGUCUGUGGGAAGAACUUCCGCUACAAGGAGUCGCUGAACUGCCACCAGAAAAUUCACACACGGAACCCCCAGCCCCUGGAGGGCUCACAGCAGCUGGAGACGGGAACCCAGACCACCCUCCUCGGUGGAGCUGACGGCGGGAGCGGCCUUGCAGCGGGCCCGGGGCGCUGCAGGGACCCGCCCCGGCCCGAGCUCCAGGCGGCUGAACCGGGUGCGGCCCGAGCGCCGCGUUUCCGUGGGGACAGGACCGACCCGAACCCGCAGAGCGUCCGACAAGGCCCCGGGGCGCCCGGCGCCGCGAUCCACCCGCCGGCAGGGGCCGCUGCCGCCCCGCUCCGCCGCUCCCGGCCCCGGCAGCCAGGCCGCGGCUCCCUCCCUCCCUGCGGGCCGCGCUCGCUCUGCUCCGCCCGGCAGCGGGGCCGGCCCGGCCGCCCCCGGGCCGCGGUGAGGGGCGCUCCCGGGCCGGGACAAAGGGCCAUGGCCGAGCGGGCCGCUGCCCAGGCUCCUGAAUGGGACGUGGAGUCCCAGCACUCAGCUCUUUCGCAGCCCCACGCUGUCCCCAGACGGACCUCUGUGAGGGAAGCCCCGCUGCAAACUGCGGAGAUCUCCCUGACUCUAGUGGCUGCAAUCCAAGCCGUGGAGAGAAAAGUGGACGCUCACGCCGUCCGGUUGAUGAACCUGGAAGGGCGAACAGGCACGGCUGAGAAGAAAUUGAUAGGUUGUGAGAAGACCGUGGUGGAGUUUGGGAACCAGCUGGAGAGUAAGUGGGCCGUGCUGGGAACUCUGAUCCAGGAGUAUGGGCUGCUGCAGAGGAGGCUGGAGAACAUGGAGAACCUGCUGAAGAACAGGAACUUCUGGAUCCUGAGGCUCCCCCCAGGCGCUAAGGGGGAGGUGCCCAAGGUCCCAGUGACAUUUGAUGACGUCUCCGUCUAUUUCUCCGAGCAGGAGUGGGAGAACUUAGAUGAAUGGCAGAAGGAGCUUUACAAGAACGUGAUGAAGAGGAAUUACGAGACCCUGAUCUCGCUGGACUACGCCAUCUCCAAACCCGACAUCCUGUCCCAGAUAGACCGGGGGGAGGAGCCGUGUGUCAGGGAUCGGGAGGACUCCGAGAGGAGAGAGAUCCCUCUGGAGCCCUGCUCGGCAGGUAAUGAGGUGGUGGUCAAAGUGGAGGAGGAGAACCCUGAGGAGGAGCCGGAGAACUUGCAGCUACAAAGGACUUUGCCGGAAACGGAGGUUUUCCAGUGUCCGGAGCAGGGAACAACCCAUGAGGAGAGUCUGUGCAGCCCCGAGAGGGAGCCAGCGGACCUGCCCGGAAACGGCCUGGAGGAGCCGUCUCUGUGCGGGACAGACCCCCAGGAGCUCGAGCCGUUGCUUGGUCACCUGCAGAGCCCUGCAGCAGCGAGGCUGUUCGUAUGCGCCGAGUGCGGGAAGAGCUUCCGCAGCCGGCAGCAUCUCACCCUGCAUCAGAGGGACCACGCAGGAGCAGGGGCCUGCCUGCUGCAGCCUAAACAUGGCCCCAGACCCCACCCCGGGGCCCAGGCGGGAGGCAAACCCUACCAGUGCUCCGAGUGCGAGCGCAGCUUCUGCCACAAGUCCAGCCUGCGGAAGCACCACCUGGCGCACACCGGGGAGCGGCCCUACACCUGCGCCGAGUGCCGGAAGAGCUUCAAGCAGAGGGUGAGCCUGGUGCUGCACCAGCGGAUCCACUCGGGGAAGAGCGAAGGCUCCUUCAUCUGCACACAAUGCGGCAGGUACUUCAGCCACCACUCCAACCUGACGCGGCACCUGCGCAUCCACACGGGGGAGCGGCCCUACAAAUGCACCGAGUGCGAGAAAAGCUUCACGCGCAACCAGUACCUGGUAGAGCACCGGCGCAUGCAUGCAGGCGAGCGCCCCUAUCGCUGCCCUGAGUGCGGCAAGAGCUUCCGCUACAAGCGAUCGCUCUAUUACCACCAGAACAUCCACACCGGGAAGGGCUUCCCCCUGCAGGGCGUGCUGGACCCCGGGCCGGGCCACGUGGGGUAAACCAACAGCAGGGCCAGAAUCCACGCUCCGUGGGGCUUACAGGGGGCUGCCCCCCUCCGAGAGCAACGCCCGGGAGCUCCAGCUAAGGCACCGCAGCGACUCGAUUGUUACGGGAACUAAGCUAUAUUUUGAACGCAGCCUUUUGUUAAGAGAAGUAGGAGUGUCAGCCUGGAGGAGCGGAGGGUCCCUGUUCUGGUCUCAGGGCCAGCUGGGAGGGAAGGGUGAGGCGAUGGGGGGUGGCUUGAAGGGGACAUGGGGCCUUCCUAGCCCCACCUCCACCGAGUUGUUCAUGUGGGGCUGGGCACUGAUUUCUCUGCAGUGUCCCAGCCUCUGUGUCCUGCUGUGACUGAGUGGUAAAGGGCCCCGGCAGCAGGGAAAGGGGCGUCCCCGCCGCAGGCCCUGGGCCUCCUGCAGCCCAGGGAGAAGAGCUGGCAGUAAUGGUUCUGACCCACCAUGUGGGACCAUGGCCUAUGGCCUGGGUUAGGGAACGCCACACCAGGCAGGGCUGCACCCAGCUCAGUUUCAGUGGGUGUUGCCUGGGGAUCCCCUGGCUCAUGAAUGUUCAGAUAUUCCGCUCCCACACUUUGCUGCCCCAUUGGAGCUUGGGAAUCUGUGCGGGAUCCGUGUAUUCUCAUAGCAGGGGCCGUGGACGACCCAGCCAUGAUCCUCUGGGAAUCUUGCUCGGGAUUCCUUCCUUCCCUGGGCUCCUCCAGUUCGUUCCUGUGGUGAUCCUUCUUGCAGUUAAUUUUCCCACCUGCCUGCUGUUUGGCUGGAGCGCCCUAUGGUGCUUCCCUGGGGUACCUUGUUACCCCCUGCCCUUAGCGUAGGGAAGCUUGAUCUGUGCCUGCCAGGGGUCAGCUUCCCAACUCCAGCGGGCAACACAAGCCCUUCCAGCUAGGCCUCGCAGGGCCCCUUCCUCUCUGCUGGUUACCGAUAGGCCCCCUCGAGCCUGCAGCAUCUCCCUGGCGCGUCCAGCCCCUGGACUGCCGCUCACUUGCAGGAUUCACAGAUUUGCUGCUUCCCAAGAAACAGCCCACACCCCGCUGCCCCUCAGUUUGCCGCUCCGCUUCCCACCCAGCACUUAGAUUGGUACAUCAUGAAAUCGAGGAUAAGGUUAUUUAAUGAAGCCCAGAGCAUCAAGUGAUAGCAGAUGGUUCCAGCCAAAGUAAAAUCAUAACCAGUGUUGUAGGACCUUGCCUUUUCAUUGCCGAGAGCCCCCACGGCUGCGAGAAUAUUGCUCGCACCCCAAUCCUGGCAGCAUUUUACAGCCUCACUAGGUGCUUGCCUCCGAGGUGAGGGAUUCCGGGUGUUUCCUUGCCCCCCAACCUCUACCAGUCCCAUCCUUUGUCUUUAUUCAUAACAGGACGUCAACUGCUGUUUGUGUCAGCGUGUGCAAUCUGCGAGAGAGGAUGUUCACAAUCUCCCCUUUUGCCUGUGGCUCGGUGUGCAGCCGGCCCGUGGUGUGAGCUGCCCAGUCACACAUGGCUGGGGGGAGAGCGGGGUCUGCUACCUCCUGCCUGAAAUGAGCAUUUCCAAGGUGUGUCGCCUCCUGGGGACCUGCCUUGUUCCCUCCAAAACCCUAAGAAGGUCAUUUUCAGUCCAGAGCCAGCUCUCUUUAACCAUUCUCCAUACAUACGUCAUGCAAUGAUUCUGAUGACUGGUAGGCUACUGGCUCUGCGUAGAGACCUUCGAUGAACUCUGAUGCAUACAUCCGACUUAGGGGAUCCCUGAAAAACCCUGUGCCCUCUGCCAGGUGGCACCAAGGAGUCUGCGGGUCACAAGCCCAUAUACAUUGUAACCUUCCCCCACCCGCUCUCUAAGGCCAUUUCAGUGAGAUGGGGCAGAUCGCUUCGCCUGUUGCAGCACAGGGGCACUGAUCCCACCCCAUGUGCUUCAGCGUCACUGAGCAGGGCAUGGCUCCCACGCUGCCUGAAGCACACGAGAGCAGAGCGCCCCUGCGGGACUGACCUGAGAAGGACCAAGGUGGGUGGGAUGAAUCAGAGAGAGGAGGGGAAACGAGGGCAGAAACCCAGGAGGGAGGAACUUGGUGGGUUGAAAGGUCCAUGGGAUGAGGUUCUCACAACAGCCUUGGAGGUAGGGCAGGGCUAUUACCCCCACUCUACAGCUGAGGAAACUGAGGGCCGGGCUAAGUGAUUCACCCAGGGUCACUCAGGAAGUCAGUGGCAUAGCAGGGAACUGAACUGAGGUCACUGAAGUCCAAGACUGGUGCCCUAGCAACUGGGCCAUCCUGCCUCUCAUUGCCAUUUGGAGGAGGGGGGCAGGUUGGUAGCAGCAAGAGUCUGGUUUGGGCUCGAUUUGUUUUUGGCCACACAGGAUGGUAAAAAUCCGCCUCAUGACUGAAUCCAGUGUGACUUGCCCCCAGCCUGCUGCAGUAGUCCGGCUCGCAGUCUCCACGGACGGACACCAAGGGCUGGUUGGUCACUGAAGGAUUUCUGUGCUGGGGGCAGCCCAUUGGUGUGCUGCUGGUUAGCAUCUGCCCGAAACUAAAGUGAAGACAGCUUUGAAGUGACCCCACCAACCAGGCUCUCCAAAGCAUGCCAGGAGAUGGAGGGAAGCUAUGAACCAGCUGUGACGGGGUAGGUUCCCUCUGGGACCGGGUCCUGUCGGGUGCUAGUCUGUCUCUUUUACCUUUCUGCAGUUUUCUCCACUCUGACCCCCUGGUUUCCUUGAGAGCCUCCACCCCGUACCCUUCCCCCACUGCUGAUCUGCUACUCCCCACACUUACUCCACCUUUACCCUCCUCCCCCAUGACCAGUGUAAGCUGUGGAUAUGGCUAGAUGUGUUUGUGUUGGCUGAUUAGACUGUAAGUUCUUCGGGGGCAGGGACCGCGUCUUCUGUGUCCUGGCACCUAAUAAAUGAUGAUUAUUCCCCC